UCAACUCUUUUCCGCGCUGAUAGCAUGAGAAAUCUCUCCAAGAUGACGUGGGGAUAUAAAUGACACGUGCGGAGGGCAGAGAAAGCAGUCCGCUGCACCCUCUCAUUAUCUCAACACUCCCAAACUGUACAUCACCAAUCUACUUGCGUGAUUGUAGAGACCUCGAGAGAGUUGAAACCCGCCUCGUACUAUCUUAUCUCGCACCCUACACCCCAUGCCCAUCUUUGUAGCCUCUUGCCUCUGCAGUAUUCCAGAGUACAUCUCACUAAAAGCCAUGUAGGCCAACAUGUCGCUGCCCGAUGAAGUCGCUCCGUGCAACAAUCUCGGCAGCAUGGUCGGCGAUUACUAUGCUCCCGACUUGGGGACCCCGUCAGCCCUGCUACCUCAGGAAUGGCUGUUCGCCGACCUGGAGACCUCCCCCACGUCUCCGCUCCCGAUAUAUACCCCGCCACUCGGCGCCUCAGGGAAAGGGUUUGAUUUUCUAGGGGGCCAGGUCAACAAUCCACUCGGUACCAUGCUGCCCUUGCCAUCUACAAUAUCGGGAGCCGAUCUGAAUAACGGUCUUGCGCCGACGACGUCGACUGCAACGGCUAGGAAUCCAGAGACGCGGAACCAGAGCACGACAUCCAACUCCGACGAGAGCCUAUUCUCGGGUGCACCCCCCGUUGAAAAUGACCAGGAGCUUCUCCCGCAGCCCUUCACAGCCCCGUCGGGUGAUCUGGAUCCAUUCCCAACAACGGCAACGUACAAGCCCUGCUGGGCAACAGCAUGGGGAAGCCGUCGCCCCGAAAGCUCCAGGUCAUCUCCUCAACGCCGAAAGCAUAGCAGCGGUAGCAAGCAGCCCGCGAGGGACCGACGGAGCAGCCUGAGAAAGCAGCCACUGUCCAAAAACUACGACCCGGGAGGCAGAGCAGAAUGCAGCUCCCCGGACCUGCCAAGCUCGAAGAGCAAGCGGAGCCACAACCUGACGGAGAAGAAGUACCGUACGCGCCUGAACGGGUACUUCGAGACGCUGCUCUCGGCGGUGCCCAAGCGGGCCGGGAGAGGCGAGGUUGAGGGGCCGGGCGGGGAGCCGGAGAAGAAGAUCAGCAAGGGUGAGGUGCUGGUCCUGGCGAUGGAGUAUAUCAGGGAGCUGGAGCGAGAUCAGGGAGAGCUGGAGGCGCAGCGGAGGGCGCUGGCUAGUGAUAUGGAGCAUCUGAAGGACGUCUCUGCAAGCAUGGAGAAUGACGUGAUUCUGAAAAGCAUAACGGGGGAUUAGCACGCUCCUUGGGAGGACUGUGGAGGGCGAUACCGAUUUGUCCAAUAUAUAUUUGUAGAAGUUUCAAUCUUAUAGACCGUC